AUGGCGCAAUCAUGUGGCUCCGAACCGGCCUCGGCCUUGGCGGCCUUGGCCACGUGCCGCAGCGUUGCCAUUGACGAGGACACCUGCGCCCUGGACAUCAGGCUGCAUUCGGAGCACCCUGCCCAGCAGCAGCCCACGCCCACGAGCAUGCACUUCGUGCUGGACAACAGUGGAAGCAUGGGCAGCAACACUCGGAAUGCUCAGAGUUGCUUUGCACGGCUUGUAUCCUCGGCCACGGAGCCCAGCUCGCUGACCGUCUUCUCCAACGAAGCCACCCACAUCGGCAACUUCACGACGGCUUCAUCCAUGCAGGCGGCCUCGCUACCAAGGCAGGGUCAGACGAACAUCACCGCAGGCAUCCAGACUGCUCUGAUGGAAGUGCGAAAGCAAGAAGCCAUCAAUGGGGGCACGACCCACCACGUACUGAUCUUGCUGAGCGAUGGGGCGCACAAUGUGGGCCCACACCCCUCCACGGGCCUGCCUCAACUUGGAGAAGCCCUUCGAAAUGAUCUGCCACGGCUCCGCCUCUCCGUAGUCGUCGUGGGUGUUACGUCCUCGUCGGACACCUCCAUGGGCAUGUUGCUGAAGCGAAGCCUGGAGACGGUUCCUCUGGAGUCGUUGGAGCCGAUCUACUUUGCAUCCAGCGCCGCCAAGAUGAGCGAGGUGUUGGUCGAGCUCACGGAAGGCCUCUCUUCCCUGAGGGGAAGCCUGGUAAAGGCCCAGCUGACAGGCCCCGCUGGGUUCGUGACAUCGCUGGGCGCCGAACCGGUUCAGGAGGUGACCUUCAUGUCGGGCAGCGGCGAGCAGUUCUUCGUCGUGAAGACCGCGGCUCAAAGCGCCAAGGCCCUGGAACUCAGCAUCGACGGCCUGCCUGUCCCCUGUUUGCCCAUGAACGUGUUUGACGUCGAGUUUGCCAGCUCUGCGUUGCAGCCCUUGCUGUCGCGUGCCCGUGUCGCACGAGUUGCCGGCCAGGCCGAGGGCCUUGCCCGCGCAGCCGUGGAACAGCUUGACCAGUGGGUGUCGGCUAUCGAGCGGAAGUGUGAGCAGCAGAGUGAAGGGGCGACCUUUCGUCUGGCAGGCGUGUCCCCUCAGCAGCGCGUUGCCCAGCACAAGAGCUCCACACGCCUGCUGCAUCACGCCCGCGAGCUGCGCAACCACCUGACCGAGCUCGAAGCCUUCCGAGUCAACAACUCCGCUGAGCAGGCGGCCUUCUUGACCGGCAAGUCUUCCAAGUACGCUGGGAAGGCUCUGAAGCGUGCUGCCCAACGUGGCGGCGGUGUCCAGGGCAGCGUUUCUGGGCUUGUGGAGGACAUGUGCGCACAGGGCGCGAAGCUGCCGGCCGCUCUCCGACGGGACCUGCGUGCGAAGAUCUCUGCACUCCCGGAGACCAUGCGACAGCGCCUGCAGGAAUGCCUGGAAGCUUCCGGAAGUUCCGGAAGCUCGGAAGCAGCCUCGCUCUGCAGGGGGGAGGUGUCUCCCAGCACGGACGCAUUGCUAGAUGGCCAAGUCAUGGAGCACUUGCAGACAUUGCUGGGAGCCCGCCAGUCGUAUCUGUCUUUAAACACUCCAGGACAGCAGCUCAGCGAGUGGAGGACAGUUGCAGAUGCAGGCCACUUGUGCGGCUCCGGGUACGAGCUCUUGAUGUUUGUGGGCAGCUUGGGAUAUCCAAUAGAGGUCCGCCGCAGGGACGCUACUCAGAUGAACCCCUUUGCCAUGGAGGUCGCGAACGUGCACAGUACCUUGGCAGACACGGCGUCCCUGCUCUGCGCUCUCCAGAGUGAGCAGGAGCUGACCCCUCCAGAGGGCGGGAAGCCGAUCGAGGACUUGUUGGUGCUGGUGGACCCCGAUUUCCCACAAGCCAGCCGCAUUGUGGUGAACAGUGUGCUGCUACGUGAGACUUACACAUCCGUUGUGCUGUGUCGGGACCUUCACAUGUACACCGGCAACCUCAUGCGCAUUGCCCUCCAUGCCCAUGCACUCCUUGCAGCCGCUCAGCCCGUGCAGCGCGAGUGGGACGGGCUGCCCGUACAGGAGGCGGCCCUGGUGGCGCCUCCACCCUUUACUGAGGCACGCAUCCAGCUACUCCUCCGCAUCUGCUACUCCGCCAGGAAGAUCUGGCAGCUUGACGAGAUGGCGGACCUCUGCAGCAAGAUGGAGAACUGGGAGGACCUCACCACCGCCGACGGGGUGGAGCACCCAGUAAAGCUGCUGCUGGCCUUAGCCGCCGCUGAUGUGGGGAAGGGCUGCCUAGACCCCGUGCCGGUUCUGAUGCUCCUCAACGAGGUUUGCGCGCGGAAGGCGCACGACGACGUCAAGGCGGGAGUGAAGGCCGAGAGCAGGGUCCGCGCGUUCUUGGGCAUCACCGCCGAGUCGGCGCCUACCUGCGCAGCCCUGGGCGAGGCAGAGCCCCUGUACGAGGUGGUGGCGGCGGACUGCUGUGCCGACUACGACCUGGACACCGGCGCCGCCGCCUUCGACUUCCAGAGCUGGGUGUUGGACGCCGUGUUGCGUUACGUGCCGGCGCUGCACUUCGUUCGCCAGCUGCAUGCCUGCCUGGCCCAUCGUCAGGGAGGUUGGGCGAAGCUUGAGCAGGACAUGGAGGCGGGUCCCUGGGCGUAUGAGGACGUGGUGGCUCAUCUAAAGGCGGACCAAUCAAGCCAGUCUCUGUUGGAGUGCUUGGGAACCACACAUCUACAGCUGCAGCGCACCCUCGCCACCAUGGCCGCGCAGGCGUAUCUGUACGGCAACUCACAUAGCCGACGCUUGAAGGAGGUAGGGGGAGACCUGGAGCAGCCGCUUGGCAACGUCACGGAUGGCGACACGCUGCGGGCGCUUGCCGUGAAGGGGCGCAUGGGCAUCUACCUCGGCAGGGUCCAGGAGAAGAUGCGGGAGUGGCAACGGGAGGGCACAGAGAUGACACGUGCUCGUGCUGUCGUAGCGGACCUGGGCCAGUACUCUGAUCUCUGCUCCUCGCACGUGCAUGGCCUAUCCAAGCCUGAAUUCUGGGGCUUGUGGCGCGCAGCGCUUGCGGACGGCGGGCCGAAUGGGCAGAAGGCCUUGGCCUUCUUGUCCAGGGCCAAUCACGACUUCUGCAACAAGCACCGCCUGCCACGGUGA